CGCGUGUAUUGCCGAACAGGUGGGGCAGCCGAGUGACCUCGACAUCUACUCUUCUUCUCACGUCCUCCCAUCCCGCCAUCCCCCCGUCCCUGCUGACCCUCUAGAGUCGAUGCAAGAGCGUCAAGACUGUACACCAACGAUAACACGCUCCUCACGCUCUUGCACGUCUCACCAAAGAGGUAGGCCAGCCGAGUCCGUUCCGAUUCCCGGUCUGGUUGCACAGCCCUCUCGCAGCCCGAUUAGCUAGCACCUGCCUCGUACCUUGGGAUCUCACCAUCAUACCUUGCUUCUUUCUGUCGCAAAUAAAUUUGCAGUCUGUUCAUUCUCUCACUUUUGCUAUUGUUCUCUUCCAAAUCGCCUACCUCUUGUUCCUACGCCCGCUCUUACGUCACGCCUUGAAAACAACAUACACCAUGGCGACCCAAGUCCACUGCGCAUACUGCUUUGAAAGCCUGGUUGCGAGCCUCGAGAAGCGGCCCGCCCUGAGCCUGGCCCAAACCGAAGUCAUGUGGAGAAAAUCAAACGCUGGGAUGGAAGAUGAACCCGUUGAAGCAGCAGGCGCAUUGUUGAAGCCCGCUGCUGUAUCACGUAUCCUGGCCUCGCCAUCUUCAUCAAGCAGCUCCUCAAGUCUGCCAAGUGCGAGUUCUACGCCUAGUGGAGCUAGCAGCAGUGAAACAAACAGCAGCAUUACAAGCCAAAACAGCAGCACAACCAACCUAGAUGAUAAGGCGACGAGACAAGAGCAAGACUCAGACUAUGACGAAGAGGAAGAAGAAGAACACCCCUUGUUCGUGACCUGGAACACCAUCUCGCCAGGAAGCCACGAAAGGCGACUUCGCGGCUGCAUCGGCACUUUUGAGCCCCUCUCCCUCUCCACAGGCCUUUCUUCAUACGCCCUCACCUCUGCCUUUGACGACACACGCUUCCCGCCCAUUACUAAGCAGGAACUCCCAUCUCUCGAGUGCGCAGUUACGCUCCUCACGCACUUUGAGCCCGUCGACGAUCCCAUGGACUGGGAGGUCGGCGUCCACGGUCUGCGCAUCAGUUUCACGGACAAGGGCCGCCGCUACGGCAGCACGUACUUGCCUGAUGUGGCGCGCGAGCAAGGUUGGAGCAAGGAAGAAACGAUUGUCAGUCUGAUGCGCAAGGCGGGGUGGGGUGGCCGCAAGAGCGAGUGGAGGGCUGUCAAGAUCAAGGUCGUGAGGUAUCAAGGGAAGAAGGUUAGUCUUGCGUGGGAUGAGUGGAAGGCAUGGCGGGAUGAGGUCGAUGAGCAGAUGAAAUAUGCUCAUUGAUUGCGGUAAUGAGGUUAGAGAGUUUAAUGCAGAGCAGUAUUGGCUUCAUGAACUUUUUCUUUUUUUGCUUAGACAGUAUCUCUUUUCUGGCAUUUUAUACUUUCACUUCUCUUUUGGGCAUUGGUAUAGAGGCUUCAUCCAUGCGUACACAUUCUAGAUCAUACGACUCUGGUGACUAUAUACUGGAUUGUGGAUAGAACAGUAUUACACGACGAUUACCAACCGAGCUGGGCAGCGGAACACGCCGAUACGAAUACGACAAAUCAAAGAAGUAGAAUUAUGCG